AUGGGUUAUAUGUGUGAUUUCUGUGGUGAACAAAGAUCAAUGGUGCAUUGCCGCUCUGAUGCAGCGUGUUUGUGCCUCUCCUGUGACCGUAAUGUCCAUUCUGCUAAUGGUUUAUCCAAACGCCAUUCGCGGACUCUCAUAUGUGAGAGGUGCAAUGAACAGCCAGCAACCGUUCGCUGUACCGAUGAGAGGGUUUCUCUCUGUCAAAACUGUGAUUGGUUGGGCCACAACCCCACUACUGCUUCACAUCACAAAAGGCAAACCAUCACUUGUUAUUCUGGUUGCCCUUCAAGUGCCGAGCUUGCUUCUAUAUGGUCCUUCUGUCUGGAUUUGGAUUUGGAUUUCCCUUCUGCUGGACAAUCUGCCUGUGAGCAAGAAUUGGGGUUGAUGACUAUAGGCGACGAUCCUGGAGAAAAGUCAGCUGCCCAAAAUGUCAAUGUAGAUCAGCCUGAAACCAGUUCUGCUGCACAAUGUAUGGAUCGUUCCACUGCUCCAGAAAAUCCUUCAUUGGCUAAGGGUCUUGGAGUAUGUGAAGAUGACUUCUAUGGCAAUCUCAUUAUGGAUGAAGUGGACUUGGCCCUCGAAAACUACGAAGAGCUCUUUGGUACAGCCUACAACUCUUCAAAAGAUCUCUUCGAACACGGUGGAUUUGGGAGUCUUUUUGAGAAACAUACAGCUCCAGAGGGUUCAAUUCAAGGAAACGCAAUGCAGCAGCCAGCUGGAAGCAAUGGUGCAUCUGCAGAUUCGUUCAUGAGCUGUAGAACUGAGCCAAUAAUUUGCUUCUCAUCAAAGCCAUCCAAUUCAAAUAUCUCAUUCUCUGGCGUCACUGGAGAAAGUACUGCCGGAGAUUUCCAAGAUUGUGGGGCUUCAUCGCUGCAGCAGGUUUCAAGAGAGCCACCACCAUGGUGCCCUCCAACAUCACAGGAGAUUAAUGCUUCCUCACACGCAACAACGCGUAACAAUGCAGUUAUGCGUUACAAGGAAAAAAAGAAGGCUCGCAAGUUUGACAAACGAGUGAGAUAUGUCUCUAGGAAAGAAAGGGCUGAUGUGAGACGGCGUGUGAAGGGACGGUUCGUCAAGUCAGGUGAAGCUUAUGAUUACGACCCGCUGAGCCCAACAAGAAGCUAUUGA